AUCGAUUCAACCGCACCAAAGAACAUUGAACUAGUAGUUGAUCCGUUUCUGGCUUUCAGAAUAAAUACACCACAAAAUACACACACUCUCUCCACAGUUGGACGCCGGCGACUGGAAAGAAAGAAUUCACGCCGCCGUAACAUAUAUUCUGACUUAUCGGAUCUUUUCUACUCGGCGAAGCCUCCCCGCAAGCUAGGUCGGAACCCUCGCUCACUAUUAAAGCAGCUGCUCAUCUCGAAACCCUAUAUUUCCGGCGGCUCAAAACCUACAUUCGUCAUCUCUGAUUUAUAUUUGAUUCCCGCUGUUAGGAGUUUCCGGUAGAUUAGAAUUCCCCGGUAGAAGAUAUAAUUAAUUCCGCCAUGGCGGACAAGCAAGUGAUGAAGCGUGCCAAGCAUAAGUCCUCAGUCAAGGAUCCCGGAGUUUCCGGCAUUCUCAAACUGAGCAUAGAAAGAUUUGUUUUCAUGCCAAAUGAUCCACAAUCAACCACAAAGCUAAAUGUGGAGUUUAAGACGAUUAAAGGACAUAAAUUCACCAAGCAAGGUUCAAGUAAACAGGCCCUGCUUAAUCUUACUCAAGACCAGGGGAAAAGUUACAUUUUUGAGUUUGAUAGUUUUGCUGAUCGUGAUAUAUGUCGGGAAUAUCCAACGCCAUUGCAUUUCAUACUGACGGUGGAAGAGCAAUAUCUGAAAAAUCAGCGGCUCCACUCAACAAUGAACAACUCAGCAGAGCAGAAACAGAGCAGCGUAUUAAGCUACUGCAGGAGAACAGUGCAGAAAUUGUUGGACAAGAAUGAUGGCAGAACACCAAAACAACGCCUAGCCUUGAAAAAUGAAAUGUGGACUGUCAAACCAUUGUCUGAUGGUCAGAACAGUAAAGUAAAUGAACAUGAUCGAGAAAGAAGGCGCCGCUUAACAAACUUGAAGUUUCAUAAUCAAACAGCUGUUUUAAGUAAAAGGUUUUCCCUGUAUGAUUUAUCAUUUGAAAACAUUGGGAUGCAAUCAAACAGGGUGACUUUUAACUUGACGCCGGAAAUCAUUCAUCAGAUAUUUGCUGAAAAACCGGCAGUUCGGCAAGCAUUUUUGUCUUUUGUCCCUCACAAGAUGACAGAAAAGGAGUUCUGGACUAAAUAUUCAAGGGCAGAAUACCUCCACAGUACAAAAAAUGUGGUUGCUGCCGCAGCAGAGGCUGCUGAAGAUGAGGAGCUAGCUGUUUUCCUGAAGCGCGAUGAUAUGCUUGCAAGUGAAGCUCGGAAAAAGAUCAGGCUUGUUGAUCCGACUGUGGAUAUGGAAGCUGAUAUGGGUGAUGAUUACAUACAUCUCCCGGAUCAUGGGUUGCUUCAUGAUGAGGUCAAAGAUGAUUUGGACUCACAAUAUGAACCGUAUAAAAGAUCCUUCUCACAAGAUUUAAACCAGCAUGCUGCAGUUGUUCUUCAAGGAAGAGUUGUCGGUAGGUCUCCAAAGCAUCUGAAUUGGUAUUUAAUCUGUAAAUCAACUAGAGACGUCGAACUGGGAGAUACAAGGUCCGUUGCCGAAGCCCUUGCCAGGUCAAAACAGGCUGAAUUGUCUGAUGACAUAUCCACGAAAAACUCAAAGAGAGAGCUCUCUGACAGGAUUUCCCGACUGGCAGCGAUUGAGGAUCUUCAGGGACCUAAAGAUCCUACAAUCGCGCCACUUAGUAUCAAGGACCCACGAGACUACUUUGAUUCUCAACAGGCUAAUGCACUAAAGGCAUUGGGGGAUGCUGAUUUAGGUGCAAAAACUUUAAAAUCCCACGUGAGCUCACGUGCAGCUUAUGGUUCUUUAAGGAACCACAUAUCUAAUAUCAGAGAGACGGGGUUGAGUGAGCCAAUUUUGUAUCAAGAGGUGGCUCUUAAGGUUCUCAGUGAGUUGAAUCAGAAAAUCUCUGGAAGCAAGUUUCAUCUUGGAAAAGAUCCGCACGAGAGUCUCCUGGAUAGUUUACCCAAAGCUACCAAAGAGGAACUCUUGCAUAAAGAAUGGUCCUGUAUUUUGCAGCAUUGGACUUCAGUCCAGGAACUACUAAAACACUACUGGUCAUCUUACCCAAUCACAACCAAGUAUCUCACUACCAAGGUGACCAGAUUGAAAGACGCGAUGUCCCAAGUAUAUCCAAAAUUGCAGGAGAUUAAAGAAUCCGUGCAGUCUGAUGUCAGGCAUCAGGUUUCCCUUCUUGUUCAACCAAUGCUUCAGGCUUUGGAUGCGGCUUUCGCACACUAUGAAGCAGACAUACAGAAGAGAUCUUCCAAGGGUUGCGAGAGGCCUAAUGGUUUUGCUUAGUGGAACUUUUGCCUUUAUUUUUAGUAGGCCAAGCAUGGUAAAAUUACAUGUAAUGUGCUCUGUUUAUGAAACUUUGGUCUCUUAUUGUAAACAUUGUUGUUAUUCCCCUUUACUAGGGCUAUUAUUUAUAUGUACUACAUAUAGGAUAUAUCACACACAUAACAAAUUACACUGUCUUUGUCUUGGUCCCUUUGCGGAGGUUUCCUUUCAAAACUUGNGUUUUUGUUUUUUUGUGA